AUGGCAGUGGAAACUGCUACAAUCUGCAGUGCCUCUGGAGAUCCUCACUACAACACAUUUGAUGGUGCAGUUCACCAUUACAUGGGGAACUGCAGCUACACACUCACAAAACUAUGCAAUGUAUCAUCUAUUGAAUUCCCAUACUUCCAUGUCUACACCACCAAUGAGCACAGAGGAGGCAACACCAAAGUGUCCUAUAUCCAGUCAGUACAUGUAGAAAUGUACAACACUAAUUUUACAUUGCUGAAGAACAAAAAGCUAAAUGUUGAUGGAAAGAGAACAAACCUGCCAACGGCUCUAGAAAGUAGAGUCAGAGUGCACAUCAGUGGCAAUUACUUAAUUUUAGAGACCGACUUUGGACUACAAGUGAGGUUUGAUGGUAACCAUUACAGUGAUGUUUCUCUACUCUCAACAUUCAAGGGCCAUGUGUGUGGACUGUGUGGCAACUACAAUGACAAUGCAAGAGAUGACUCUUUAAAGCCUGAUGGCAGUACAGCAUCAAAUUCAAAAGAACUUGGAGAUAGCUGGCUGGUUGACCGAGAUAAUAAAGUGUGUGGAAGUCAAGACAUUGAAAAUUGUGAUCCAAAUCUUGAAGCAGAAUACAGAAAGGAUACAAUCUGUGGCACUAUAACCGAUACUGCAGUCAGUAAAAACGCAUUUGUAUUUAUAUUAAUUAGGAAUCUUCAAGGACUGCCAUGCUCUUGUGAAUCCUGA